AUGGAGUGUACACAUGUCACCCCAGAGUGCCCGGUCGAAAAUAGUACCUAUGGAUAUUACCCAAAUUUAGGCGGCAAUGUGUUCUUCACCGUCUUCUUCGGUUUAUGCGGUGUGACACAGCUCGGGUUGGGGGCUUACUUUCGGUCAUGGACAAUGGCAAUAGCCCUUGUAGUGGGUGCAUUACUGGAAAUGGCUGGCUACAUCGGUCGAGUCCUGAUGCACAGCAAUCCUUGGAACCAGGGCGCCUUCAAGCUUCAGAUUGUCUGCUUGAUCCUGGCGCCCACAUUUAUCGCGGCCAGCAUCUACCUUACCCUGAAACACAUCAUCUUGUACCUGGGGCCCGAACACUCCCGACUCAAGCCCAAGCUCUUUACAUGGAUUUUCAUCGGCUGUGAUAUCGGAUCGUUGGUACUACAGGCAGCGGGAGGUGGCGUCGCAGCGGCCGCGGGAAGCACGCAACAAACACUCCUCAAAAUCGGAGACGACAUCAUCAUCGCCGGUAUCGCAUUUCAAGUCGGGACAAUGACGAUCUGUGGUCUUUUGGGACUGGAAUUCUUUAUUCGGGUUUACAGACGGGGCCCUGGCACGCCAGACGAGAAGUCGUUGGAGAACGGUUACCAGACGAAAAGUAUCAAAACCAUUAUCAUCGCGGAGGUCAUCACAUACUUUACGGUUCUUAUCCGUUGUAUCUACCGUAUCCCUGAAAUGGCAGGCGGAUGGGGUAACCCUUUGAUGCAGAAGGAGGACGAGUUCCUCGUUCUCGAUGGAAUGAUGAUCGCCAUUGCAGUCGUCUCCUUCACAGUCUGCCACCCCGGGUUCUUCCUUGGAGGUCUACGAAAGGGUUCAAAGCGAAGUGCAUAA